GCCUCGGUGCUCUGCGCGCAACAGCAACGCCGCGCCGCGGCCCCGAUCAGGAAGUGAAUCUGAAGAAAAUAAGCGACUGUGGAGGUAGGAUGACAUAGAGGGGGAGAGGUGGGAGAGAAGCAAGCGGAGAAAGAAGAGACGAACGGAGGGAGGGAUCGACCCUGUUUCUGGACCUGUAUUAAGCUACUCCCCUCUUGGAUAUAUACUGCACCGCCAACAAGAAAAUGCUCAUAAAGGAAUUUCGAGUGAUCCUUCCUAUCUCUGUGGAAGAGUACCAGGUCGGCCAGCUGUACUCUGUGGCCGAGGCCAGUAAGAAUGAGACGGGUGGAGGAGAAGGAGUGGAGGUGCUAAAAAAUGAGCCCUACGAGAAAGAAGGAGAGAAGGGACAGUACACACACAAAAUUUACCAUUUGCAGAGUAAAGUGCCGUCAUUCGUCAGAAUGUUGGCUCCAGCUUCAGCUCUCAACAUCCACGAGAAAGCCUGGAACGCAUACCCAUACUGUCGCACAGUAAUCACUAACGAGUAUAUGAAAGAAAACUUCCUGAUCAAGAUCGAGACAUGGCACAAACCUGACAUGGGGCACCUCGAAAAUGUACACGGUUUGGAUCCAGAAACCUGGAAGAAAGUGGAUGUAGUCUAUAUCGAUAUCGCUGACAGAACCCAAGUUGAACCGAAGGACUACAAGCCAGAGGAGGACCCUUGCAAGUACAAGUCGGUGAAGACAGGACGGGGCCCUCUAGGACCAGACUGGAAGAAAGAACUUCAUAAGAAGACAGACUGCCCACACAUGUGUGCCUACAAACUGGUCACUGUCAAAUUCAAGUGGUGGGGCCUGCAAAAUAAAGUGGAGAACUUCAUUCAAAAGCAAGAGAAGCGUUUGUUCACUAAUUUCCACCGUCAGCUGUUCUGCUGGAUCGACAAAUGGAUUGAACUGAACAUGGAAGACAUUCGUCGCAUGGAGGAGGAGACACGUAGGGAGCUAGAUGAGAUGAGAGUGAAGGACCCAGUUAAAGGGAUGGUGGCUCUAGAGGACUGAGGUUGUGUUGGACCGUGAAUGCUGCUGCUCAUCAGACCAGACUACCCAGACACCAGCGGAUUCACAUCCUCCUCCUACUCCAACCGACUCAACACCUGACCGGCCGGUCCAAACACCCUCCCCCCUGCCCCUCUCCCCUGGUACAAUCUGGUUUUCAGGGACCUGGACCCAGUAAACUCCCAGUUUUAAGCUGAUCUCCUCCACCACAUCCCGCCUCCCUUGAGUCCCAUCCAUCUCUUAUUUGUUUCUCCAUCCAGUGUCCCCAUCUCAUUAACUGCUCUGAGGCCUCCAGUAGCAACACUAUAGAUCUUGUCAGUCAGUCCUCUCUCUCAGUCUCUAAACUGUUCUAAACUACAGAGAAUAGUGUCUCUGCAAUUUAGGAUUUAUUUCUAUUUAAAAUAUCCCAAUGGUGUAUAUACAGUAUACCGUAUAUCGGGGAGCUGAAUAAUUGUAUUGAAAUAUAUAUAUAUAUAAAUAUAAAUAUAUAUAAAUAUAUAUAAACAGGGUUUUUAAAAAGGAUUUUGUCUGUAAGUUUGUCUGUGGAUGUUUAUUUUUUCCAGACCAAGCGGUAUCUGCUCAGUGUUGAGUUUUGAUCCUGUGAUUGUUUCUUUUAUUUGUCAUAAUACCUCCUCUUCUCCAUUUGUGUCAUGCUUUCUGCAGUGUUUCCUUUUGUUGUUCAAAAUCAAUCUGCGAAUCUACAAACCGCAGCUGUGAGGUUGGGAUUGUGCUGAGAGUAUUACGUUGUCUCUGCUGUACUCCAAUAUACCUACCAGAUAGGAUUUCUUCCCAGAAUCUCCCUUAAUAUGUUGAGGUAUUCAGUGGCUUUUCUGCUGCUUUGUGAGUGUGUGUGUGUGUGUGUGUGUGUGUGUGUGUGUGUGUGUGUGUGUGUGUGUGUGUGUUUCCGUAGCGUGGUAAGGUCUCAAGGUUUCCAGCAAUGUUUUUCAUUUUUCUCUCUCCUGAUGAUUUUUAACUCUUCGGUUUUAUCAGGCUGUUCAAACAGGCCACUUGAAAGUGCAGUAAUUGAAACAUACAGUAAUGCAUACGCACACAUUCAGACACAGAUAAGGAUAGAUGUAAGACGUAUCACUCUGCAAAGGGGAAUGCACACAAGAUCAGCCAUAAAUGAGUCUUUCUUUCUACAGACCUAACAUCCUUUUGGCUGCAAUCUUGUUACCAUGUCAGUGUUUUUAACAUUAGCAGCCAUCAUGGAUACACAGCUCCUCCCGCUCGCUGUUGAUAGAUAAAUAGGUCUUUGAAAGUAAAACUUCAUGUGAUCUGCAUCAGUUCUUGCCCUGUCACCCAUUCUGUCACCUCCAGUGGAUAAAUGGUCUUAUCCAGCGAUAGCAAUAACUACCAUGACACGUUGGUCUCUCCUUUUUAUCAUCGCAAAUCUAAUCUGUUUGUUCCUAUAUCCUGAAAACAGUUUUAGCAAAGCAGAGCCCGAGCUGAAAGUCAAGGACUGUUCCGUUGUUGAUUAUUUAUUUAUUAAAUGCUGGUUUUAUUGUGUUUGUCUUUGGAUGAGGCGGAUUUCUCUCCUGCUGGAUUCUGAAGCCUGUCAUGUGUAAUAGUGUGGUUUUCUCGGUAUAUGCAUGAGUGUACAUGAGUGAUGUACAGUAGCGUGUCUUUGAAGAGAUCUGAUGUUGGCUGGAUAAAGACGGGAGGAAGUAAUGGAGCUAGAGGAGCGAUAACAGCAAGCACUUACCUUCUUCCUCUUGUUGACGUCUGUUUGGCCUCCUUUGUCCUCAGUUACUUGGAUUAUCCUCGUUUCCAUCUUCUGUUUACUUUCCCCUCCUCAUCCGAUAACAGUGUCGACACUUUAAAGAGCAAGCAACAGAUAAUGUCAAAAGACCAAAAUCAUAAUGAUGAUUUAGGUCGCUUGAAAUUAUGGUAAUAGGCUACAUUUGGAUCAUAAAAAAAGAGUGUCACGGCCAAAAAACUGCCAUCAGGACAAGUAGAUAAUUAUAAUUUUCCUUCCUGUCAGUUUUAGGUACAUACAUUUUCUACAUUUAAGAUGCUAUAAGCAAACCUUUUGCACGAUUGAGUUCAUAGUAAUUAACGUUAAACUGGAUGGUUUUCAAAUCUCAAAUUGGGCAAUCAAUAAACUGAAGAGGAUUUAACACAUUUUCUUGAUCUAUCUGGUGUGUAGCAACUCAAGCUACAAAGACAGCUAAACUUUUGAGUUAGGUCAGUAGUCAGAGGUGCAAUGUGUAAGAUACGGCCAGAAUUCUUGUUAUAAAACAUUCAAAAGAUGAA